AUGUGCUUUGAUAAUCUUAAAUCAAAUAUUAGGAUCCGUGAAUGCUGCAUUCUGGCCCGAGUGCUCCGGUACGAACCGCAGCAGCAGAUCGCCGUAUCGGAAAGCGGAGGUUCCAUGGAGUACGCCUUUUUCGUGCUGAGCGGCCAAUGUUUGAUACUGCAAUGCCUGAAGACGAUGAAGAAAAUGCGGGGCAAGCGCGAAUGCUACCGGUUGCUUUCGCCCGAAUCCGGAAGCAAGCAGGUGGCCAUCGCCGAACGGCUGAGCAAACGGAAGGACUCGGACGUCCUGGAGUCGGUUCUACCGGCCAACAUCCGAGCCACCCUGCUGAGCAUUAGAAGCCGCGGAAAUUCCUACGAGGAUGCGGCCAACAGAUCGGACCUGUUUGAGGAUAAUCCGGAGAGGUUGGCCGUUUUGAAGACUUCACUGCCGGAGGAAACCUUGGAGCAUCACUUCAUAGAUGUCGGAAGCUACAGCUGUGGGUCGGUGUUUGGUUUGGGUGAACGAAUGGAAGAUCGUUCGAUCGUGGCCCGGAACCAUGUGCAGUGUAUGCUGAUCCCACGAUAUUGGCUCUUCAUGAAGCAUCAAAAUACCGGAAACGUGUGGCAGAGAAUCAAGAUGUAUCUGGACUUGGCCAUUCCCAGCAGGGAAAGCUUAUUUCAGCAGUUUUUGGACGAUCGAAAUUGGAUGGCCUACCGGAGGAAAGUGAUCAAGGACAUAAUCGACCAGCGGGGAAGACAAAACAAAACACGACUGAUUGAUGUGCCUAUCAUGUGCCGUGUCGAGCAAAAUGGAAGCCAUUAAUUUUCGACGAUUUUCUUAGACAUCCGGUAUGAAUUUUUGGCGUUUUUUUUUCUUUCUCUCUAAAUUAUGCAAGGUUUAAGCUAUCUGAUGCUUUGUGCGUUGUC